AUGGCCCCUUCUAUUAACCGAAUACUCAAGGGUCAGAAAGCGUCAUAUAAACUACUUGAGCUGUUGAAACCCCCUUCACUCCAUAAAGCUGUUGUUUUACCGGCGUCUAAUAGCUCUAACCCUACACCCGCAAUAAGUACAUUCUCAGGCCUAUACCCCAAAUCUAGCGGUGAAUUUGUUGUGGUCAAGGACCUUCAGUUAGAACGUGAGCUGCGCGUGCAUCAGCUGCCAAGUAUACAAUCGUGCAAGUAUAUUCGUCAGGCGAUUGAUAUCAUUGAAAAAUCCGAGAAGGAUGACUGGACUCCAUCAGAAUCAUCAGUGAACAAACGGAUUGUUCUUGAAUGGAUGGACACGGAUCUGUGGCAAAUUCGUCCCUUUGGAAACCCAUUCGCAAACCAGCAACUACCUGCUAUUGUCAGCAAGUCCAUACUAGAAGCUCUCGUUGUUUUCAAACAGGAAAGAGGAGUCCAUACAGAUGUAAACCCAAACAAUAUAUUUAUCUCAAACCUGGGCGCACCGAUACCGACGGUCAAACUCGGAGAUUUAGACAACGCAUUCUCAGAAGGAGUCGCCAAAAAUUUCCAGGGUGCUCAGACUCAUGAAACGCGUGCUCCAGAGGUUUGGCAGGGUUUUGGUGUAUGGCAUUCGUCAGACAUAUGGUCUUUGGGUGUCACUAUUGCACAUUGGCUUGUUUGGCACAUCGAGCCACCAGAGAAUCCCGAUUUCAAGGAUGAAUUUGCUCUCGCAGAGGCCCUCGAGGGUGGUGGAUACUUACACCCUGAAACAGGUGAAGCAAAACCUUAUAUAAGUGUAGGUACCCUACGAGAGGAAUUGUUAAAGCUACCACGGGAGAUAUGUUCUGAAGCCUGUAUUGAUUUCAUUGAGCAUCUUCUUGUAAUUGACCCAGCACAGCGGCCAACAGCUGAGAUGGCUCUUAAGCAUCCCUUUGCUGUCGUUUCCCACACUGCAUCACUGCAAAUAAAUCCCACCGUGAUCUACAUGAACCCAUUCACCCCAAAAGCUGGCUAUGGCCAGGAGCUUGGCAAUUCUAUAAUUCCCCAUAUUUUUCGUCUAGAUGAACACCGAGUGUUGAAGAAAGGCCGUCAUGAAUGUCGGGAAACGGACGCGAUGCAAUUUAUUACUACCAACACAACUAUUCCUGUGCCAAAGGUUCACGACACCAAGUUUGACAAAGAGAAGAAUGUCUCAUACAUUGUGAUGGAUUACGUUCCUGGAAAGCCACUAGACAAAGUCUGGAAGGAGUUGAAUGAUGCUCAAAGAGCCUCCACAUGCCGUCAACUUGGUGAUUACCUUACCCAACUCCGAAAUUUGACGAGUGAGCGAAUCGAGUCAGUGAAUAAUGACAAGGUCAGGACUGGCUUUUACAAAUCGCGCUGGGGGGGCCCUUUUGAUAAUGAGAAGGAAUUUAAUGACUUCCUGGCUGCAGGUGCCCAGGAUCGCCCUGCUGAUAACCAUGGAAUUCAUUUUGCCCAUGGCGACUUAAGCCCAAGAAACAUCCUGGUGAAUGAUGAUGGUCAUAUAACUGCAAUCCUUGACUGGGAGUGGGCGGGAUGGUAUCCCGAAUACUGGGAUUUUGUUUGGAUGUAUUUGGAUAUGCCGGGGAAGAAGAAGAUGCCGGAUUAUGCGAUACAUCUUCAAUCUGCCUUCCCACACACAUAUAAGGAAGAAUAUUUCACUAUGCUUAACAUUAUACGACUUGAAUCACCAGGACCCGGUGGAACACCUGUUCAACCUGCAGCAUCUUCCAAUUAA